AACUCUCAGUGCAAUGUCUCAGACUGACACAUGCAAUGCGUUAUUAUACAUAGGCACAUCAUAUUCAAAUAACUUUCAACCAUUAAAGAAGAAAAAUAGAUAAUGAAAUAGAUUAUAUAGGCUACGUUUACUGACGGGAAUAAAAUUGUUAAAUGUAUAACAACUAAAAGAACUAGAGUUGUUCUGCUUUACUGACUCAAGAUGCUCACAGACAUGAUAGAAGGAGAAUUUGAUUUGAAAGAGGAAGAACCCUGGUAUGAUCAUCAAGAUCUGGAACAUGAUCUUCGUUUAGCUGCUGAAUUGGGUAAAAAUUUACUGGAGCAGAACAGAGACUUAGAGCAGACACUCCAACAGAUGCAGGAGACCAACCAGGACCAGCUGCAGGAGAUAGAGUAUCUUUCUAAACAGGUAGAUGUGCUGAGGUCAGAGAACGAUCAGCACGCUCGAGUCUCUGAGCAGCUCGACUCGACGGCACGAGAUCUGGAGCUGAGGAACCAGAGGCUGGUGCUGGAGAACCGGGCGGCCCAGAUGAAGAUCCAGGGGCUCACAGAGACGGUGGACGCGCUGCAGACUCAGAUAGAGGAGCUGCAGAGAGACAUGAAGAGCCUGAAACUGGUUUCUGCAGAACACACCCGGUCUAAUGCACAUCUGGAUUCACCACUGCAGGAUCGUGUUCAGGGACUCACGUGCUGCAAGUGUCGAUUACACAAGCACUCUUCCCAUGAGCUCUCCACUUCCAGCAGCAUCUGUUCUCUGAACCGGGAGGACCAGGAGGAGUUGUGGGAGCUCUUGCGCUCGUCCCGUUCCCUGCAGGCCCAGUUGCACACGGAGCGCGCUCAGAGAGCGUGUGCUGAGCGAGAAGCCCAUGUUCUGGCCCGCGAGCUCAGCGAACUGGAGCCCAAAGCGGCGCUGAUGGGAGUUUACAAGAGCCGGCUCACCGAGACCGAAGCUGAGGUCCGGGAGCUACGACUUCUGUUGAGCUCCAGCACACAAAAACACAACGAGUCCCUCCCAUUGGAUGAUGAUGAUGAAGUGGGCGUGGCCAGUCACAGGGGGCGUGGCCUGCAGUCGCUCGGUGACGAGCAUCAUGGGAUAUCUCUGCUGAACGAGAUGGAUGCGCAAUAUAUCGCCCUGAAGGAGAAAUACGACACGCUCCUGCGCCGCUGCGAGGAUGAGACGUGCGCGCAGAGACACAAAGCUCAAACACACACACACACACACACUCAGCAGCCCGCAUACAAAACCCUGUUUACUGAGAUUUUCACCUUCAUUAAGAAGAGCAAAGAGGACCUGAAGGAAAACAGGACCACGCCAGUAUGA